AUGCUCCUGGACAUUAAUGGUAAAAUGGUUUCAUCGACAGAAGAAUGUGUGGGACCGAUGCGUCUGACCCGGGAACCGAUCCAGGUGCUGCUGGUGUUCGCCAAAGAGGACAAUCAGAGCGAUGCGUUCUGGUGGGCCUGUGACCGCGCAGGAUUCCGCUGUAACAUCGCUCGGACGCCAGAGUCUGCGGUCGAGUGUUUUCUCGACAAGCACCACGAGAUUAUUGUUAUCGACGGCCGGCAUUCUCGAUACUUUGAGCCCGAGGCUGUCUGUCGGUUGAUACGUGCCACAAAACCUUCUUCUAAAACGGUCAUUCUGGCUGUUGUUCCUCUGAUGCCCCCGGACCAGGACGAGCCGUCUGUUCUUCCUCUCCUCUGCGCAGGCUUCAGCAGACGGUUUGUGGAGAACAGCAGUGUGACGGCCUGUUAUAAUGAACUGGUCCAGAUCGAGCACGGAGAGGUCCGCUGUCAGUUCAAACUCAGGGCUUGUAACUCCAUCUUCACUGCUUUGGAACACUGUCAGGAGGCCGUGGAGAUCACCAGCGAGGAUCACAUUAUUCAGUACGUGAACCCAGCCUUUGAGCAGAUGAUGGGGUAUCAGAAAGGAGAACUGAUCGGGAAAGAACUGACUGAACUCCCCAAGAGCGACAAGAACCGAGCCGACCUCCUGGAGACCAUCAACACCUGUAUCAAGAAAGGAAAGGAAUGGCAGGGCAUCUACCACGCCCGGAAGAAAACAGGAGACAGCAUCCAGCAGCAUGUGAAGAUUACACCUGUGAUCGGCCAAGGAGGAAAGAUCAGACAUUUCGUUGCCAUUAAAAGACCUCAUUACGACAACAACAAUCAAAUAUUUAUUCUUUACGUCACCGAGACCGGAGGAAAGACUCCAUCAGUUCUCGAGGGAGCGAUGGUGAUAAACAUCAUAAACGCAGCACAGGAGAGCAGCCCUGUGACCGUGGCGGAGGCCCUGGAACGCGUGUUGGAGAUCCUCCGCACCACCGAGCUCUACUCCCCUCAGCUGGCCUCCAAAGAGGACGACCCUCACACCAACGACCUGGUAGAGGGUCUUAUGAAUGACGGCCUUCGAAGACUCUCUGGGAACGAAUAUGUCUUUUCCAAUAAUAUCAGCCAAAACCUGGCGAACAUUCCAGUCACUCUGAGUGACAUCCCUCCGUCUAUCGCUGAGAUGCUCAACGACGAAGAAUGUUGGGAGUUUAAUAUUCUAGAAUUGGAAGCAGCGACGCAUAAAAGACCGCUCACGUACCUCGGUCUCAAAAUCUUCACCAGCUUCGGCGUGUGUGAUUUCCUAAACUGCUCCGAGACCACGCUGCGCUGCUGGCUACAGCUGAUGGAGGCUAGCUACCAUUCGUCCAACUCUUAUCACAACUCCACACACGCAGCCGAUGUGUUGCACGCCACUGCCUUCUUCCUCCGCACAGAAAGAGUCAAGAGCAGUCUAGACCAGCUGGAUGUGGUCGCAGCUCUGAUAGCAGCCACGGUACACGACGUGGAUCAUCCCGGUAGGACAAAUUCGUUUUUGUGCAAUGCUAGCAGUGAACUGGCCAUUCUCUACAACGAUACGGCAGUGUUAGAGAGUCAUCAUGCAGCUCUGGCUUUCCAGCUCACCGCACGAGACAGCAAGAGCAACAUCUUUAAGAAUAUCGACCGAAAUCAAUUGAGGACUCUGAGACAAGCCAUCAUCGACAUGGUCCUGGCCACGGAGAUGACCAGACACUUCGAGCACGUCAACAAAUUUGUGAAUAGCAUAAACAAACCCAUGGCGGCGAUAGAGGAGACCAGCACUAGUAGUGUAAACAGUGACGGUGAGGGCCCUGUGAAUUUCAAGAGUUCUCCGGAGAAUAGACUGCUGAUAAAGCGGAUGCUCAUUAAGUGUGCAGAUGUGGCCAAUCCCUGCCGACCUUUGGCGCUCUGCAUCGAGUGGGCAGGACGGAUCUCUGAGGAGUACUUUGCGCAGUUAGGCAUUGACUAUGCAGAGAUGGCGGUGGACCAGCUGGCGGAUUCGAAGGUGCAAGCGCUGCGCACCACUGACUCUAGUUUGAGGUUGGAAGAUGUGGUUUUUCAGGACAGUAGGGCGACGCUUCUGUGUGACAUGUCCAUGAGCAGACCACGUCCUUUGGUACCUGCGGCCUGGCGCUCCCGCAUUUUCGAGGCUGUACACUCCCUGUCUCACCCCGGUGUGAAAGCGACGGUGAAGUUGGUGAGCGCUAAGUUCGUGUGGCCUGGCCUCAAAAAGGACGUUAAGACUUGGGCCUCCACAUGCGUGGCCUGCCAGAGGGCCAAGGUGCAGCGUCACGUUAAAGCUCCCUUGGGUCCUUUUUCAAUUCCCGAGAGACGUUUUGAACAUGUCCAUGUGGACUUGGUGGGCCCUCUUCCCCCUUCCCGGGGGUUCACUCACCUCCUGACCAUGGUGGACAGGACCACUCGAUGGCCGGAGGUAGUGCCCCUGUCGUCUACUACUUCGGCAGACGUGGCCCGGGCCUUUAUUUAUUCGUGGGUGGCGCGGUUUGGGGUUCCUCUCGACCUGACUUCCGAUAGGGGCCCCCAGUUCACCUCGGAGCUGUGGACUUCAGUGGCUGGGAGCUUGGGGGUUAAACUUCACCGGACCACGGCAUAUCAUCCGCAGGCUAACGGGUUGUGCGAGAGGUUUCACCGGACUAUGAAAGGUGCCCUCCGGGCCUCUCUGGUGGACAAUAGCUGGGUGGACAGGUUGCCGUGGGUUUUGUUGGGUUUACGCUCCGCCCCCAAGGAGGAUCUGCGCUCCUCCUCUGCUGAGUUGGUUCUGGGACAGACACUGAGGGUCCCGGGGGAGUUUCUGCAUACCGCCCCUGGCCUGGUUGCGAGGGUGGCUACGCUGCCUUUUUCCCCGGCAGGAGCUUUCAGACCGGUUGCGGCGCACCACUGUGUGCCUCAGGCCCAUGCUCCUAAGGACCUUAUGUCGGCCAGAUAUGUUUUUGUACGUCAUGACGCACACUGUUCUCCCUUGCAGGCGCCUUACGAUGGCCUGUUCCGGAUGCUGGAGACAGGGGACAAGUAUUUUUUGGUUGAGAUUGGGGCUGGCCGAGAUCGGGUCAUGGUGGACCGCUUGAAGCCUGCUCAUGUGCUCCGGGAGGAGGAUGUGGAGUGGGUCCGCCCUGCUCGGCGGGGCCGCCCGCCUAAUCCUGCCCCGGUAGUGGAGCCCCUGCCUGUCCCUGCCCGGAUGGCUACGCCGGUUAAGCGGAGUCGGGGGGGUAGAGUGGUCCGGCGGCCGGUGCAGCAGCAUGGAAAGGACCAGCAGCAGAGGAAGAACCAGCAGCAGGGGAAGGACCAGCAGCAGAGGAAGAACCAGCAGCAGGGGAAGGACCAGCAGCAGAGGAAGGACCAGCAGCAGAGGAAGAACCAGCAGCAGGGGAAGGACCAGCAGCAGAGGAAGAACCAGCAGCAGGGGAAGGACCAGCAGCAGAGGAAGAACCAACAGAGGACGGUCCAGCACCAGCACCUGGCUCUGAAACUCUACGCGUGCAAGAAGGACCGAGAGUCCCGAGACCGGACCAGAGACCGCCUGAGGAUUACUGCGGACCUGGCCUCAUCUUUGGAAUUACAGAUUUAUUUAAAGACUAUCGGGACGUUUGAUUUUGUGUUGGAUGCGUCUGUGAGGAAUCGCUACUCGGACCCGUGCUGGACCUGGACCUGGACCUCAGGACUUUGA